GGCCGCGGGCGGCGAACACCUCGGAGUCGUCCGACACCGAGGGUAAGGGCAUGCAUCUAGUGGUGAUACUAAGGUGUCUCCAUUGCUCCCCACCAGGCCAGGCUUUUGGAACUUUUCUCGAAAAUUUCUUCCUCUUCUCCCUCUCUUUUCCUUUUCCCUUGGUUCAGCUACUCUAUCGGGCCUGUCUUGAGAUAUCGAUUGCGUAAAAAUGGCCCAGAACCACGAGGACACGGCCGCAGAGCUCCAUGAGACGUUGGGUGAGCGCUUGCCCAACAAGGAGACGACUGAUCUCGCGGGAGGCUACAUCACGCCAGCCGACCCCGAGAAGAAGUUCUCAAGCACCGCCGACUCAGAAUCGGGACCUACGCCUGAUGGUGCUGAGCCCAAUGAGUUUGAGAAGGGAUCCCUGCGUCGUGUUGGAGAGAACCUCCCCGCUUCAGCCUUCCUCAUUGCUGUUGUCGAGCUCACGGAGCGAUUCACCUACUAUGGUGCCCAGGGUCUCUUCCAAAACUACAUCAACAAUGACCCCAAUGGAGCCGACGGCCCUAAGGGUCUUGGAAUGGGUCACCAGGCCGCAACUGGUCUGAACUUGUUCUUCCAAUGGUUCUGCUAUGUGACUCCAAUCCUUGGUGCCAUCAUUGCCGACCAGUACUUGGGCAAGUACAAGACCAUCUUGGUCUUCUGUGCCUUCUACUGGGUUGGUCUUGUCAUCCUUUGGACGACCUCCCUGCCAGCAGCCAUGGCCAAUGGCGCUGGCAUCCCCGGUUACAUUGUUGCCAUUAUUGUUAUUGGUCUCGGAACGGGAGGUAUCAAGAGUAACAUCGCUCCCUUGAUCGCCGAUCAGUACCAGCGUCGCGUUAUGGCUAUCAAGACCGAGUCAAACGGCGAGAGAGUCAUCAUCGAUCCUGCCAUCACAUACCAGCGCAUCUACAUGAUCUUUUAUUGGUGCAUCAACCUGGGUUCUCUGUCUCUCAUGGCAACUCCCUUCAUGGAGAAGUACAAGGGUUUCUGGACCGCCUACCUGAUGUGUUUCUGCGUCUUCAACAUUGGUAUCGCAACAUUGGUGCUUCGUCGCAAGACUUUCGUCAACCGCCCGCCGCAGGGAUCCGUCAUUACCGAUGCGUUCAAGGCCCUUGGCAUGAUGAUUGCAGCCCGCAACAUGGAUGCCGCUAAGCCCUCUUGGCGUGCGGAGCACGGCAAGGAGAAGCCUGUCCCCUGGAACGACCACUUCGUCGAGGAGCUCAAGCGUGCUCUGAGAGCCUGCAAGGUCUUUGUCUUCUACCCCAUCUUCUGGGUUUGUUAUGGCCAGUUCUCGACCAACUUCGUCACCCAAGCUGGACAGAUGGAGGGACACGGCAUGCCGAACGAUUUCAUGCAAAACUUCGACCCCAUCUCGAUUCUCAUCUUCACCCCGAUCCUCGAGAAGCUUGUCUACCCACUCCUCCGCAAGGCCGGCAUCGAGCUCAAGCCCAUCAUGCGUAUCACCAUUGGUUUCUGGCUCGGCGCCAUCUGCCUGGCCUACGCAGCCAUCGUGCAGCACCUUAUUUACAGCGCCGGCCCCUGCUACGAGGCUCCCGGCGAGUGCCCCGAAGGAAUGAGCGGAGGCUCAUCGCUCCCCAACCACGUCCACAUCGCCGUUCAGACGCCUGCCUACAUCUUCAUCGGAUUGUCCGAGAUUUUCAUCUCCGUUACCGGCCUGGAGUACGCUUACACCAAGGCCCCGCCUAACAUGAAGUCCUUUGUCCAGAGUAUCUACCUCUUCACCAACGCUUUCGGCUCUGCUAUCUCCGAGGCCUUGGUGUCCGUCGCAGUCGACCCCAAGUUCUUGUGGAUGUACACCGGUGUUGCAUGCUCAUCUGCUGUUGUGGGAUGCAUCUUCUACUUCACCUUCCGCCACUACGAUGCUGAGGAGGACAAGAUGUAUGAGUUGGACCGCGAUCAGCCGGUUCUGAACAACCAGGGAGUCAAGGAAGCCGAACAUGACGAUUAAUUUCUAUAUGCAAAGAAGAAGGGGCGACAACUGUUACACGCGUGAUGUUGUCGCUCUUUCAGCCGUGAGAGAUGGUCAUGUGGAAUGCUCAUGUAUUGAUAUUAUGAAAAGUCAAGAUGUAUGAUGAUGGGUGAGCAUGGUUUGAGCAACCAUGAACAGUAUAUAAGCUUAAUAGAAUACCCCAAU